GAUUUUCCGGCUGGGUGUGUGAUGUUUCAAACAACUAGUCCAUUUUGCAAAGCAAAAUGCUUCCAAGGUUGCUAAAUAUCGUAGCGCAGAUUAACGAGGACGACGAUACUGUCUGCGACUAGGUGACUCCCUGGUAGAAAGUUCUUUAACGUGAACUCAACUCCAGAAUGCCUUCCAUUCUGGACACGACACGUCAAAGCCCAUUGCUGGAAGCAAAGAUCUUAAAUACUGGGGAGAACACCAAACAAGGCAUCGUCCAACCGCAGCAACGCGAUAUGUUGACUGCUGCCGCUAUACCAGGAUCCGCCACAUUUGAGGCAGACGUGGUGUUCAACGACGAGAGCCUGAAAGCUGAACCUGAACCGGACGCGGAAUCUGUUGACGAUCCCUUCACAAGCGGCAACGACUUUUACCUGGAGGCCAUGCUCACACCGAACGACCUCGCGACUUCUCUCCCUCAGACAUCGGCCACGCCUGUUUCAACUGCAAAACCCUCUCGCCCACGCGUCCUCCGUCGCCACACAUACUCUGCCAGUGACGCCAAGCCGUCAUCCGAAACAGACGACGAUAAUCCUUCGUCCUGCAGACGUUUACAAAAGUCUGUGAGUUUCUCAGCAUCCGUCUCCGUCCAUGCCCAUGAUGAAUGGAUAAAACAAUUGAAAGGAUACAGAAAAGAGAAAAAGAAAGCUGGAAAAAAGGAAAUAUGGAGGUUAGGCAGUUUGUUUGGCGGUAGUUUGUAGUGUCGAAACCCAAUAGGCUUCAAAGGCGGAGAUGGCUGGGCCAUGGUUGCUGCGAAAAGGGACAUUGGCGAUACUAAUUCUGUACAUAAUUUUCUUAUUACCGGCUUCUGUACACAAUAUGAAACAUAACAUGGUGCUACUA